AAUGUCAUCGGUGAAGUAAAGAUGUACAGGGCAGUCUGUGCUCAAAGAGAGAGAGAGAUGUACAAUGAACAGGAAUGUAUAUUCUUCACGGUUUCUGGUACUCCACUGCUUCCUACACUUGAGAGGAGUUCAGUCCCUAGUCCUAUUUUUAACCCAUUCCAGGUACUGGAGGCUGCCACCAAUUAUGGGCAUGGCAAUCACUUCAGGACCUUGAAGAAAACAGAAAGCAAACUAAUGGGUAAGAACAAAACUUCCCUUAUAGGUCAAUAUUUUUUGUAG